AUGAAGCUCUCUCUUUCGGUGCUCGCUCUCCUCGCUCUGAGAUCAGUCUCUUCCAUUUCUGCAACUCUUAUCACGGCUUCACCAUCCAAAACAGCCGUUCUUGCUGGAAGGCAAUUCUCGUCUGCCAGUUUGGCCAGUUGCUCGACAGUAUCAGGUCUUGCAUCACCUCAACCCUCGGGUGCGGUAUGUGGUGAGCUUGCAAAUUCGGAUGGGACUGGCUACCUCAUAUCUUACGUCGCGGGAUCACCAUAUGUUGCAAGCCUUGCUGCUUUGUCCGGAUUUGCUAAACCUCAGCCAGCAAACACAACAUGCGGUGUUCUCGCAUUCUCUAAUGGCUCAGGCACCAUUAUUGACUACACAAAUGGUGUCUACACAGAAAACGCUGCAACCUGUGGCCAAAUUUGUUUGGCAACUACAGGCUGCACAAAUGUCUACUUUGAAGCAGGAGCGUACUGUAAUCUGCACUCCGGACCACCAACCAAUUUGGCAUCUUCCUCUUCACCCUACACAUUCUACGAUUUGAGCUGCUUCACAUGCCAAGAUGUAAUUUAUUCUUCGUCCUCAUCAUCAACGUCAACGCAAACAUCCAUAUUGUCAACUGCACAGUCAUCAACAGUGUCGUCAACGAGUUCAGUCACUACUUCUGUGACUUCGUCGAUAACGCCAAUAUCGUCGGAAUCAUCCACGACUCCCACUACGACCGCCUCAUGGACAUGGACCUCUGUACAGACAAAUCCUGCCUUGUACAAUAUGGCGCUUACAACAACAUAUACACAAUCACCGCAGUGCACGACAGGAGCCAUUACCGAAAUGGCUGCCUGGGGGCCAUAUCUAUGGGAUAAUUCGGUCAAUCCACUUCCAACUUCCACCAUGACAACUUGCUAUCCACCUCAAUUCUACUCGAGCGUCAUAGGGAUUCUCAAUAAUGUGACUCUGCCGGCUUUCAGCGCAUUGGUAUGUCCAUAUGAAUGGGACACGAUUCCCUACAACGCAUCUUACAUUGCUUGUUGUCCAAACGGGUUUGGCCUUAUCGCUCCAAAUUACGCAAGCAACUCGGCUCGGCCAUUUUCUGGAGCAUUAUGCACAUCAAACAUAGGAUUCGGACAGGUGUAUGAUGUUUCAUCAUAUAAUUCCACUGCGUAUUGGACCGUUAUACCCGUAACGGCUACAGCUGGCACAGUUGUAUUUGCAGACGCCUUUGAUGGCAUUACAGCCCCAGCAACUACUUCCACGCUUCUGAUCACUUCUUCAUCGACAAAGUCGUCUUCGUUCACAAAGUCCUCUGCAUCAACUACGGCCACCACGUCAAUUAAAGCUUAG